AUCCUAGAUUGGUACUAUUUCCGACUGAAUACGAAAUCGGAAGUACAAUAGAAAAGGUUUCGAAGGCUUUAUGUGGAAUUUUAAAAUCACUCAGCAUAGACUUAUCAUCUAAUGAAUAUGUGCAAAUUAUUCGAGAAUGCUUUAAUAGUCAAUAUAAUUCUGUACAUCUUAAUACUGGCUAUUCAGAAGAUGAUUUAAUUCAUGAUAAUACUAUUGAAUCAACAAUAGCAGUUGAGGAGUUGCUUCUUAUUCAUUAG